AAUUGUGCCCACAUUCAAGUCAAUUAAAGCAAGUCCUAUACUUGGUUUCUUCUGUGCUGGGGUGGUACUCAAUCAGUUUGGUUUAAUUAGAAACAUCACAGAUGUUAAAGCUUUGUCUGAAUGGGGGAUCCUUUUCUUGGGCCAAGAAUAUGGAAGGUGUACUCUAGAAGGGGGCAGAAGGAAUCUAUUACUAACUAACAGAAUGCACACCUGGCAGAGAGAGAAAGAGAGCAGAGGAUUGUAUUUAGAUUUGUUAUAAGAAGGUAGUUAGGGAGGGGUAGAGAGGUAUCUCAUUGGAUAGCUUUUAAGUGUAAUGGAUAGGAAGCACUGAGCUUCCUAUAAGGAGCUACGCUCUGGUCAGUAAAGGGAUCCAUUCCCCUUCUCUGUAAUUCUCCAAAUCUAUCAAUAAACAAUCAUCUUUCUCUUACUUUUAAAUUCCCAGUUUGCUGUUUUCAUUGUUGGGCAAAUUGUUUCCUAACAAUUUUGGUCCGACCUGCCGGAUACUUCUGCACCGGAACCAGUGGAUGCCACCCAGGAAGACCAGGGUUGCAGUCACGCAGAUGGAGGCCAAGAUUGAUGCGUUGGAGAGUGAGCUCGCCGCGAUGCGCACCGCUUUGACGGCGGUGACGUCGGCGAUGAAGGAUCUACCCACGACGCUUGUGACGAUGGUCGAAAGAGCGGUGGGGAAAUCAGUCGCCAUUGAUGGGGAUGACAGCGACAACAGACCAGAUCGUGAAGUUGGGGGAAAAACCCCGGAAUCAAUAGGAGGAAAAGAGAUGGAAUCGGUCCGACCAACACUGAACGGUGAGGCUCUGAAUGAGUUCCGUCAAUCAGUCAAGAAGGUGGAGCUUCCAAUGUUCGACGGAAAAGAUCCAGCGGGAUGGAUCUCACGCGCAGAGAUCUAUUUCAAGGUACAGGACACUUCCCCUGAGGUCAAGGUGAGCCUGGCUCAGUUGAGUAUGGAGGGAGGAACCAUACACUUCUACAAUUCCUUGCUGGAAGCUGAGGAGGAGCUGACAUGGGAUCGACUCCGAGAUGCGCUAUUGGAGCGAUAUGGGGGCAACGGCGACGGCGAUGUCUAUGAGCAACUUUCGGAGCUCCGGCAACGUGGCACCGUGGAGGAGUGCAGCACGGAUUUUGAGUAUCUUACUGCCCAAAUUCCCAAACUCCCGGAGAAACAAUAUCAGGGUUAUUUUCUGCACGGGUUGAAGGAAGAAAUAAGGGGGAAGGUACGGAGCUUGGUAGCUAUGGGAGGAAUCAAUCGGGCGAAGCUGUUGGUAGUGACGAGGGCGGUGGAGAAGGAAGUGAGGGGAGAAGGAGGAAUGGGCCAAGUGAGAGCAACCCGGUUUGGGGGAAUUGGGCCCAGACCCGGGUAUAGUGGAGCAUCUAAGGGUAAUGGGGCUGAUUGGGUCUGGGUUAGAGGAAACAAAGAUGUGGGCCAAAACACGGGCAAACCCAAUCCAAAUUCCCGUGGAGAGCAGACAAAAACAGGAGGAGAGGCUCGUCGGGUUGGAUCUAGGGACCGUGGGUUCAAUCACUUGUCUUAUCCCCAACUGAUGGAGCGGAGGCAAAAAGGGCUGUGCUUCAAAUGUGGAGGGCCAUAUCACCCAAAUCACGUUUGCCCCGACAAACACUUGAGGCUGCUAAUUCUGGAGGAUGAAGAGGAUGAGAUUGAUGAGAGUAAAAUCUUGGCAAUGGAACUUCAGGAAGAAGAAGAAAUCCAGGAGGGUGAGCUUAGCUUAAUGAGUUUGUGUGAAUUUGGCAUGAAAAAUGGAGGGAUUCCGCGAACUCUGAAGCUUAGUGGUACAAUUAAUGGUGUCCCCGUGGUGGUGCUUGUGGAUAGCGGAGCAACCCACAAUUUUGUGGAUUGCUAUUUGGUACAGAGGCUUGGUUGGGAGGUAGUUGACACGCCGAGAAUGACCGUGAAGCUAGGAGAUGGGUUCAAAUCUCAAGCUCGAGGGCGCUGUGCUGGUUUGGAAAUUGAUUUUGGGGGCUAUCAACUUCAAUGUGCUCCGCAAUUGUUCGAUUUGGGAGGGCCAGAUAUUGUGCUGGGAAUUGAAUGGCUCAAGACCUUGGGAGACACGAUAGUGAAUUGGGAAACACAAGUUCUGAGUUUUUGGAGCAAUAAGAAGUGGGUCACAUUACAGGGGAUGAGUAAUGGGAAAGAGCAGAUUGAGGCGUUGCAAAGCAUUUUUUCCAAGGGUGAAAGGGCACCUGGGUUGCUGGGAACCAGGUACUCGGAGAAGCUUGGCAACCCGCUGUCCGGAGACACUACCUCGUCGCAGAAAAAGGAAUUGAAUGAUCUUUUGGACAGUUUUGAGGAAGUGUUUCAAGAGAAGCAAGGUCUACCUCCAGGAAGAGGCAGGGAACAUGGGAUCACGAUCAUGGAAGGGAAAGGUCCUGUGAACGUUAGGCCGUACCGUUAUCCUCAUCACCAGAAGAACGAGAUAGAGAAGCAAGUUAGAGAGAUGCUCGCAGCAGGGAUUAUAAGACAGAGCACAAGCGCCUAUUCCAGUCCUGUAAUUUUGGUCAAAAAGAAGGACCAAACAUGGCGAAUGUGUGUCGAUUACAGGGCUCUUAAUCGUGUAACCGUGCCCGACAAGUUCCCCAUACCCGUGAUUGAAGAAUUACUCGAUGAGCUCCAUGGGUCAGUAUUUUUCUCUAAGCUCGAUUUAAAAUCAGGGUAUCACCAAGUUUUGCUCAAACCUGAGGACAUUCACAAGACAGCUUUCCGGACCCAUGAAGGACAUUACGAGUACAUGGUCAUGCCAUUCGGGUUGAUGAAUGCCCCUUCUACAUUCCAAAGCCUCAUGAAUGAGGUAUUCCGUCCUCUCUUAAGGCGCGGGGUGCUGGUGUUCUUCGACGACAUUUUGGUCUAUAGUAAGACUUGGGAAGAGCACAUGAGGCAGCUGAAAACAGUUCUGGGAAUUUUGCAGCACCACCAAUUGACAGCAAACAAGAAGAAGUGUCAGUUUGCGACCAAAUCGGUGGAAUAUUUGGGCCAUUUGAUUUCAGAGGAAGGAGUUGCGGUGGAUCCUGGCAAGAUUGACAGUGUGAAAUCGUGGCCAAUCCCUAAGAAUGUAAAAGGAGUGCGUGGCUUCUUGGGACUCACAGGAUAUUAUCGCAAAUUUAUCCAGAAUUACGGCAAGAUAGCAAGGCCAUUAACGGAGCUCACCAAGAAGGAUGCAUUCAAGUGGGGAGAACAGGCGCAAUAAGCCUUCGAGGAACUCAAGGUAAGACUCACCACUGCUCCUGUAUUAGCGCUGCCAGACUUUACUCAAGAAUUCCGUCUUGAGUGUGAUGCGUCUGGGGUUGGAAUUGGAGCAAUUUUAUUACAGGGGCAGCAUCCAAUUGCUUAUUUCAGUAAAGCUUUAGGGCCCAGGAAUCUUGCUAAGUCCGCAUAUGAGAAAGAGCUAAUGGCAGUAGCUCUAGCAAUUCAGCAUUGGAGGCCUUACUUGUUGGGUCGCAAAUUUGUGGUUUCGACGGAUCAAAAGAGCCUUAAGGAAUUCUUACAUCAGAAAAUCGCUACUGGGGACCAACAGAAUUGGGCUGCGAAGUUGCUGGGCUAUAAUUUUGACAUUGUUUAUAAACCAGGGAAGACGAAUCGCGGCGCAGAUGCUCUGUCGCGAGUAGAAGAAACAGGGGAGUUGUGCCCAUUGUUGUCUUAUCCACUGUGGGAGGAACAGAAGGUAGUUCAAGACGAGGUACUAAGUGAUCCCAAAUUGAGCCAAAUUAUGCGUGAAGUGGCUCAAGAUCCUCUUUCUCAUCCUGGGUAUCGUGCGAAUCAGGGUACACUUUUGUAUCAGGGGCGUGUGGUCAUUUCCAAUACCUCUUCUUUGAUUCCGAAGUUGCUUGAGGAGUUCCACACUUCUCCACAGGGAGGGCAUUCGGGAUUUCUGCGCACUUAUCGUCGAAUUGCUGCAAAUCUGUAUUGGAGGGGGAUGACGAAGACAAUCCAAGACUUUGUCAAAGCAUGUGAUGUGUGCCAGCGCCAUAAAUAUUUAGCUUCUUCUCCAGCAGGGCUUCUUCAGCCAUUACCAAUUCCUGAGCGUGUUUGGGAAGAUGUAUCCCUUGAUUUCAUUACUGGUUUACCUAGAUCCAGGGGGUUCGAGGCAAUCUUUGUAGUCGUCGAUCGCCUCACAAAGUAUGCACACUUCAUCGCAUUGAAACAUCCUUAUACUGCUUGAAGUGUGGCUGAGAUCUUUGCAAAGGAAGUAAUCCGUUUACACGGGAUUCCUUCGUCAAUCAUAAGUGAUCGUGACCCUUUAUUCGUGAGCCAUUUCUGGAAGGAAUUGUUCCGAUUGCAGGGGACUCAGCUGAAAAUGAGUUCAGCAUAUCAUCCGGAGACAGAUGGUCAGACGGAGAUUGUUAACCGUUGCUUGGAAACAUACCUGCGUUGUUUUGCGGCGGAUCAACCGAAGACUUGGGCUUCGUGGCUUCAUUGGGCGGAGUAUUGGUUUAAUACUUCAUACCACUCUGCCACACAGCAAACUCCGUUUGAGGCAGUUUAUGGUCGGAAGCCUCCGGGAAUCAAGCGUUGGGUGCUGGGAGAAACUCGUGUGGGGGCUGUUGAAAGGGAUUUGCAAGAUAGAGAUGAGGCGCUGCGUCAAUUAAAACAACAUUUGUUGGUGGCUCAGGAGCGGAUGCGCGCGCAGGCGAAUGCAAAACGCAAGCAUCAAGAAUUUGAAGUUGGAGAGUGGGUUUUCGUCAAACUCCGAGCUCACCGUCAAUUGUCUAUGGCGAAUCGUGUUCAUGCCAAGCUGGCUGCGCGAUACUUUGGUCCUUAUCCUAUUGUGGCUCGUGUGGGGGCGGUGGCUUACCGGUUGAAAUUACCUGAGGGAGCACGUAUUCAUCCUGUUUUCCACAUAUCCUUGCUUAAGAGAGCUGUUGGUAGUUAUGCGGAGGAGUCUGAAUUGCCUGAGCAAUUGGACGGAGAAGAGUUGCCUUCAAUCCAACCAGCGUCAAUUUUGGCUCAUCGUGACAUUCUGCGUCAGGAAGAGAGUGUUCCACAGGUUCUAGUACAGUGGCAGGGCAAAACACCAGAAGAAGCUACAUGGGAAGAUGUUACAACAAUUCGAAGUGAGUUCCCAAGGUUCACCCUUGAGGACAAGGUUGAAUCUUCAGGAGGUGGCAUUGUUAGAGAGGCAAUUCAAAAUGGGAUUUUAACACAUGAUGACGCAGGGCCAAGAAUAUGGAAGGUGUACUCUAGAAGGGGGCAGAAGGAAUCUAUUACUAACUAACAGAAUGCACACCUGGCAGAGAGAGAAAGAGAGCAGAGGAUUGUAUUUAGAUUUGUUAUAAGAAGGUAGUUAGGGAGGGGUAGAGAGGUAUCUCAUUGGAUAGCUUUUAAGUGUAAUGGAUAGGAAGCACUGAGCUUCCUAUAAGGAGCUACGCUCUGGUCAGUAAAGGGAUCCAUUCCCCUUCUCUGUAAUUCUCCAAAUCUAUCAAUAAACAAUCAUCUUUCUCUUACUUUUAAAUUCCCAGUUUGCUGUUUUCAUUGUUGGGCAAAUUGUUUCCUAACAAUUUUUUCAUAGACAUCGCCGUCGUCGUUGCCCCCAUAUCGCUCCAAUAGCGCAUCUCGGAGUCGAUCCCAUGUCAGCUCCUCCUCAGCUUCCAGCAAGGAAUUGUAGAAGUGUAUGGUUCCUCCCUCCAUACUCAACUGAGCCAGGCUCACCUUGACCUCAGGGGAAGUGUCCUGUACCUUGAAAUAGAUCUCUGCGCGUGAGAUCCAUCCCGCUGGAUCUUUUCCGUCGAACAUUGGAAGCUCCACCUUCUUGACUGAUUGACGGAACUCACUCAGAGCCUCACCGUUCAGUGUUGGUCGGACCGAUUCCAUCUCUUUUCCUCCUAUUGAUUCCGGGGUUUUUCCCCCAACUUCACGAUCUGGUCUGUUGUCGCUGUCAUCCCCAUCAAUGGCGACUGAUUUCCCCACCGCUCUUUCGACCAUCGUCACAAGCGUCGUGGGUAGAUCCUUCAUCGCCGACGUCACCGCCGUCAAAGCGGUGCGCAUCGCGGCGAGCUCACUCUCCAACGCAUCAAUCUUGGCCUCCAUCUGCGUGACUGCAACCCUGGUCUUCCUGGGUGGCAUCCACUGGUUCCGGUGCAGAAGUAUCCGGUAGGUCGGACCAAAAUUGUUAGGAAACAAUUUGCCCAACAAUGAAAACAGCAAACUGGGAAUUUAAAAGUAAGAGAAAGAUGAUUGUUUAUUGAUAGAUUUAGAGAAUUACAGAGAAGGGGAAUGGAUCCCUUUACUGACCAGAGCGUAGCUCCUUAUAGGAAGCUCAGUGCUUCCUAUCCAUUACACUUAAAAGCUAUCCAAUGAGAUACCUCUCUACCCCUCCCUAACUACCUUCUUAUAACAAAUCUAAAUACAAUCCUCUGCUCUCUUUCUCUCUCUGCCAGGUGUGCAUUCUGUUAGUUAGUAAUAGAUUCCUUCUGCCCCCUUCUAGAGUACACCUUCCAUAUUCUUGGCCC